ACCCACAAGAAGGGUACCCUGAAAAGAUGAUGCCGACCGACUCAACAGAGUCCUAGCUGACGUGGAUGCAGACCAAGGCAUUGGACGAAGCAUGGCUGGAUGCUGGUUGGCGUGUCAAGCAAGGGCGGCGGCGGCGGACGGUCGCGGUGCCGGCGGUGCAUGCAGAGGCAGCCUCCCGCAUGCUGCAGCAGAGGAAGUUCCGGAGGUCCAAGACGACUUCGGAAGCAGAGUCAGCCGCUAGAGAUCACUUCGAGCUCUCUUACGCUUCCAGAUCACCCACUGAGGACAAAGCCAUGAGCGACAUUCUGAAGGAGUUUGACGAAGACUUCAAGGGCUUUGUGAGGCGGCCGCGUUUGCCAACGCCGCCACAGUGGGUGCCGCCGGGCGGUGGCAGCGCUCUGCCGAAGGCCACCUUGAGACCGAUCUCUCCUGCACAAGCUCCGUGUCUGCCAGAUCUGUCGAGGGACAGAGAUGACAUGCUCUCCAAUGUACUCAACUCACUGCUUCCGGCUGGUCCCAGCUCAAAGCUUGCCAGCAAGGAGUUGUCUCCGUGCAGCCAGCUUUCGCCGGUGAGCCCGGCGCCGCGGAACGCGCCGUGCAAGGAGGUGCUGGAGUUCAUCCAUGUGCUGAUCCGACACUUUGGCAACCUGAAUCGGGCGUUUCGGGCAUUGAAGAAUGCAGCCAGUCUUGAAGGAAAGGUCGGUCCCUUGGAGCCUUUGAGCCGAGCUGAGUUCGAGUGGUGCGUCACCUCCUUCUUGCAACACGGGAACCGCCGGCUUGCUUCGAAGCUCUUCGAAGCGCUCGGCGGCGAUCUGGGGCUUUCGAACGUGGAGGCCUGGCCCUCCUGGCCUCAGCUGUGGCGUCAGCUGCAGCCGUUGAGCUUGGAGCUUCAGGAAUUGCUGGAGGAGGGCUCUGCUGAGGACUCCGACACUCGCACGGAGGUGAAGGUCUCGAAGCAGCGCUUCAUGAAGGCGGCCAAGGCCCUGGAGCUGGACGCCUGCCAGGCGGUGCAUCUCUUCCACUUGCUGGACGAGGGCGGCCAUUUCCGCGCCGGCGCGCUGCAGGAGGCGCUGUGGUGCCCGAAGGACCUGGCCUGGCGGGACCUGCGGAUCCGCCUGGUGGCGCGGUUCCGGACGCUGGAGCACGCGCUGCAGGCCUUGGAGGAGUUGGAGGACGAGGACCUGGUCUCCUGCGUGCAGAGUUUUGGCCUGGAGGCCGAUGCGGAGCUCCUGGAGCCCGAGGAUGAGCCCCACAAGGUGCUGCAGGGAGCGGCCACCAAGACCCGGCUCGAGGACUUCUGGCGCCGGGUGGCGGCGGAGUGGCCGGAGGUGGCGGAGGCUUGCGGGGACUUGGAGCAGCUGGGGCAGCUGCUGCAGGAACUGGUGCCGAGACCCGCCGACGGAUUCCUGGACCUCGAGGCCUUCACUUCCUUGGCGCAGCUUGUGGACGUGGCGCCCUCCGACUGCGAGGUCCUUUUCCGUGUGGCCGGGCGGGACGGCAAGGUCUUCCUGGAGGACUUCGCGGAGCAGCUGGUGCUGUGGACUGGAGCCUUGGGGCCAAAGAAGGAGGCCGCCAAGGCGCUGGUGGCGCCGGCCCGGCGCCUGCUCUCCGCCCUGAAGCAAGAGCUGCUUCCGGCGGCCAACGAGGAGCCGGUGAGGCUCCCAACCAACGGGCGGCCCAAGAAGAAGCGGCCCAAGCUGCCGUGGGUCACAAACUACCGGCGCCCGAGUCUUAUGGCUCUGGGAGCUUGAGCCACGGAAAGCGCCACAGUCCAGUGGGACAGGUCCAACAUCUGUUCGUUGAGGGGCGGGAAUACCGAAACCCUCAACAAAAACCCUCAUCCCUAUGCAUGAAGACUGGCAAAAAACUGCUGGAGCCUUGUGGUUUUUCAGCA